AGAGCGUGAGGAGGAGGACCAGGAAUACACUCAUGUUCCCCGAGCUGUAGAAAAAACACCUUCAACUCCUUUUAUUGUCAAAACUCCACAAUUAAACAGGCUAAAGGGGGAGAGGAAAAAAGAGCAGAAGACAAAAGACGCUCCGUAAUCUUUACGCGCCUAUCGUGUAGGAAGCAAUAACGGGAUAGCGCACAAGGAAGAGACAGAUUCCGUCAAUACUUCAAUACUGUUAUGAAGCGAGAAUGAGUAGCGCAGAAGACAGCGGGAGCAAGUGCUCAUCGGGCCCGAUUUCCAGCUUUACAAUCCAGUCCAUUUUGGGCACGCCGUCCGAUGCGCCGCGCUCCGCCACCAAAGAGCUCUCCAAGGGGCCACCGGCACCCCCGAGGAGGCGUUCACUGUCCGUGUCAUCCGAGGAGGAGUGCAGCGGCGGGGAGGACUCUGCAGACUGCUUCUGCUCCGAUACGGGUCACAGCGAGCCAUGCAGCCAGCACCAAGCCCACAAUUUCUCCUGUUUAGGUAUGGAAUUAUUAUUAUUAUUAUUAUUAUUAUUAUUAUUAUUAUUAUUAUUAUUAUUAUUAUUAUUAUUAUUACUAUUAUUGAAGGAGUAGAAGAGCUGAAAGAUUAUUCAAGUAGAAAAUAUGACUGAUUUUUUUUUUUUUUUUUAUCUUUGGCAUUACAUUGAUUAAAAUUUGAUUAUUUUCUACCCUUAAAAAAUACAAUUAAAAAAACGCUAGAAAUUGUCUCUAUCGAGCUGUGUGGUGUUUUUGUUUGCACUUGAGCCCAUAUUUUAUUACCUUGUGUCUGUGACUCUAACACUCACAUUCAGCCCAUCCACUCCCACUUGUUCCAUCAUGUGCAUACUAUCAUCGCAGCAGCAGCAGAAGAGUGGAAGGUCGAAUAAUUAGCCCUCUGUCUUUCCUCUCGUUUCAAAUUUAAUUGAGCCUGCUAAUUGAUGAAACAUGUUUCUAAAAUGGCUGCACUACACGCCGUCAAUUGGGCGUUAAAUAGAGCGAGAUUUAAUUAAUAGCUUACUGUACUACAGCGAGCGUACUCGUGCUGAAUUGUUUAUCUAAAAAGUCAGUAGAAAAAGUCAGAGUUCACUCUUGACGAACUCUCAAAUUGAGUAUGAGGGAUAAAGUGAGAGACUUUCUCUUAGUUGACUGACAAAAACACACACAGUUUUGCUAAUUUCACGUCCCUUUUUUCUGGCUCGCGCUCAGGUCCCGCCAAAGGACUCCUGUCUGGAAAUGAGGGGCUCGCGCGGCGGCCGCACCUGCCACAGCCUCUGCUUCAGGAUUACAAGGAGGAGCGCGAGAGACCGUGCCACCAAAUGUCACCUCUGUCGGAGGAGAGACAGACAGACGGUGCGGACAAGCAGGGCAACUCGGCCAAGAAGAAGACGCGCACUGUUUUCUCCCGGAGUCAGGUGUACCAGCUGGAGUCCACCUUCGACAUGAAGCGGUACCUGAGCAGCUCGGAGCGGGCCUGCUUAGCCUCCAGCCUCCAGCUGACGGAGACUCAGGUUAAGACGUGGUUUCAGAACAGGAGGAACAAAUGGAAACGGCAGCUUUCAGCCGAACUUGAAGCGGCGAACAUGGCCCACGCCUCCGCACAGACACUCGUGGGGAUGCCGCUGGUUUUCAGAGAUAACUCCUUACUGCGUGUUCCGGUUCCCCGGUCUAUCGCCUUUCCAACGCCCCUGUAUUACCCAGGAAGCAACCUGCCAGCGUUACCUUUAUAUAACCUGUAUAACAAGAUUGAGUACUGAAUGACUCUACUGUAAUGUUCUCCACUGCAGUCCACGUAAAAAAAAAAAAAAAACAAACAAUAACAUCCUCAUAAGUGUCUUCACAUAACCGCUGUAUAUUAAUUGUAUCACUUUAUUUGUUGAGAAAUUUCUUAUUAUGCAGCACAUGUACUUUUCACAAGAAAGCAAUCAAGCUUCCCUAAAAGUAUAAAUACACCAUGUGUAUAAUUAUUAAUAAUAAUAAGUUUUGUACUUUAUUUCCCUCUCCUCCCUGAAAGUAAAGGAGUUUAGCAGUCAUAUCACAUGUAUUCCACACACAGAAAAAAAAAAAAAACACUUUUACACAGAUUUUUCCUUCAUAUGAGUUUGUCAUAUUCAGGCAAAGCACCAUUCAUUUUAUUAUACCUGACAGAAAAAAAAAAAAUAAGUUCAAGGGAAGAGUAUCAGUCUUUCUAUUGUAAUUAAGACCUCCAACAAUAACCUUCUCAUUCAAUAAAUUUUCUAUUUCAGUGAAAA